AUGGUGGCUCUGCAGUCACGAAGGGGCCAUGUGCAGCCAUGUGUUCCUUGGACAGCCCUCACCCCCAGCGUGCAGGAGAGGCAGGAGCUGCGUGAGCCAGAGGAGGCGUCUCUCCUUUGCAGCCUACAGCACCAGUUCCCCCCCAGGGAGCUCUGCCAGGUUGUCCAAAAUCUGUGUGCUCUGGUCCGAGAUGACAAGCUGGUGAGGCAGGAGGCUGCCUGCAUGGUGGCCUGUCACAAGAACAACCUCACCCCCCUACAAAUAAACAGGCACACCAUGCUGGGGACCCACUGCAAUGACUUAGGGGGAAACUGCUUCUUUAACUCUAAGGACAAAUUCUCUUUUGAGUUUGACCACCUGUGUAGGGUAAUCAGCAAACUGCAGCUGCACGGUGUGAUGCUAGAGGAGGAGCUGUGGUGAGAGGCCCUUCAUAAGGGCAUGGAGGUAGGGAGCUGCCAUUUCUUUGUGGGGAACUGCUGCUGGUUUAAGAAAACCCUGGGGAAGAGACAGCUGUUUGUGUCCUACAUUGAAACUCAUCAGCACCAGCCUUGAAGUCACUGGAACAACCUUUGGAAGUCAGGCUGGACUUUUGCCCUGACUCCACCCACAGAGAUCACAGGGAUGUUUCUCCUCCAGAUACACUACUUCAAAGAUGCCAACCUCCAUGUGACUAUCAGCAAGUCUGUGAGUGAGAGUUUAAGUGUAAUAGACUAAAGUCAGUUUGCCUCAGGUUUUGUGACAUUUGUGAAAGCUGAGGACACCCAAGUUUCAACUGCUGUUCUGGAAAACAUUCAGGCUUUGUCAGAGGAUAUAUGUGAGAAGAAUCUGUGGAGGAAAGUCCCUUUUACUUGCAUUUUUAUGAACUGGAAUAAACUAUUGAAUGAUCAGCGUCUGAACACCAGUGUCUCCAAUACAGAAGUGCCUCCAUGCUUUAUUUCUGGAUUACUCAGGAGAGUGCAGAAACUAUUGUCCAUCAAUCACCACUUGGAAAAUAAGUCAG